AUGAGUCCAAGGACCCGAACCCACAACGGGAAUUGGAGCAAGAGUGCAAAUGAUGAUAGGGCCAUCCGGGGGGUGAGGAGGAAGUAUGGGGAGAGCGACAGGAGUAUGAGUGGGGGCGGUGGUCGGCGAAGUAGCAGCGGUUACACCUACAGUCGCAGCGGAAGUCGUAGAAGUCGAAGUAGAAGUAGCGGUAGAAGUCGAAGUAGAAGUAGCGGUAGAAGUCGAACUAGAAAUAGUGGUAGAAGUCGAAGUAGAAAUAUUUGUAGAAGUCGAAGUAGAAGUAGGAGCCGCGCCGGCGGUAGGGGGGAAGAAGAACCCAGGAGGGAACGGGGCAACUGGGGAGAAAGCAAAAAAUUUUGGCAAAGUCAAAAUAAUCCAAUUGGAGGGAGAAGUCGAGAAGGGAAUUACAACCCCCCAAAGGAGAGCAACCCAUAUGGGGCCUGGAAGAAAAAUACAUAUGAAGAGGGAAGGAGUACUGGGCUGUACAGUUACACACGUAAUUACGGUGGAGACAGUACAAACAUGGAGGAUGAAACAAAUGGCAUAGCAUCAGGAGAAAUGAACCAGAUGAACGCAGAAGACGAAAGACACUUACAGGAUUUACUCAAACAAUGCGAAGAAUCAAGAAAAGAUAGCAGAGAAGUAAUGAACGAGUGGGUGUUGAAAAAAUGCUCUACCUCAAACGUGAGUCAAUCUAUAUCGGUCCAAUUUUACCAGAGGAUACUGAAAUGUGCAUUUUUUAAAAACAAGUUAAACUUGAUCUGUUCAUACAAUGAACUUUUGAAAUGUCUGAGGCGGAAUGGAAGGACAAAAGAGUUGGAAGACUUCAAAGUUUACAUCCAUUCGAUUAUCCAGGAUGGCUAUACUUGUGCUUAUUACAAAGAUCACGGAGCCAUAAAUAUCCUACUACAGAUGGUGCAUGGUUGGAAGGAAACCUUUGUAACUAAUUUUAAUGAAAACAAGCUUCUACUAAGUGUCUUUCACAAUGAUAAUUCUAACGGUAAUACUGGCUCUUCCUGGGGAGAGGGACGAAGUCACAUUGAUACCUACCAUAAGGGAAUGCCAGACCAGUCAACCAACAAUCCAAAUGGGGGCAUGGGGGGUGCCCCCUAUUGUGAGCAAGGCUAUAUGGAUAACCACACGCAAAGAUAUGCCACCGAUUUUGAGAGAGGAAGGUAUGGUGAUAUGGGCUACUACAAUGGAAGGAAAAUUCCACCACCACCUACAACUAAUAUUCUUCCCCCCCCUCCGCCCCCACCUCCUCCACCUCUUCUCCCAUCCAGUGACUUCCCGAGGUGUAACAAACAAUUUGAUAGAUACAAAAAAAACGAUUUUUUUCCUGAGGAGGGGAGGAAGAAUUACUUUAAUAAUCCAUGGGGGGGAGAAAACAACAGAAGUAAAAAUCCAGAAAGCAUUUCAGUAGGAUUUUUAGCAACCUUAUUAAAAUUCAUUUCCAAAAAGGGCAAGAAGAUGCAGGUUCCCCUUGUCCCUUACACGCCCAUAGAUAUUUCGUACACGUACCAAACCCCUCCAUCCACAAAUACCUCUCAACAAUUGAAUGAAAAGAUAAACGACUUUUACGAGGAGUUAGGGAAUAUAAUGAAGGACGAAGGUGGAGUAAGUGAUGAAAGUAGUGAUGUAUCCGAGUCAAGCGAAAGAAUGAAGGCGUACGAAAAUUAUAAGACUCUGAAAAAUUUGGGGAAGAAGGAAAAGGUGGAAAGAAACUACACCAGUGAUACAAACACGACCUUUUCAUCAGUCGAGUUGUUUGAUAACUCCAUGAUCGAGUUGCUAAACGACAGCGAUGAAAAACUUAGGAAAAAUAAAAAAAGCAAGAACGUUAACUUUAGCCAAAUAGCCAUCGAAAAUGCGCAAAAUUGGAAUGAGGAAGGCAACGCGGUGACUUCCAACUUUGAUUUUUACUCCGCCGGGAUGCCAGACCCCGGCGAAAAUGAUGUGUUCGAAAAGUACAGACGAAGCAAAGCCUACGUUUACCACGAGGCCAUUGCGCAGAAGUUCCACGAGUUCAAGGGGAAGGACCCCCGGUCCGCUUAG